CUCCCUCUGUCUGUCAGUGCAAGUCACAGUCGUCGUAAACACCGGAGCGAGGAGCUAACGAUGAUGCAGCGGGCUUUGUUUCGCCGGGGAGCGCUGCUGGCGCAAAAGGCGGCUGUGGAGGUCUCACUGCUCCCGAUGAGCGCGCCUCUCCAGCCGCGCCUUGACCGCGCCAUGUCCUCGGUGACCAUCCCGCCCCCGGAGUGCAUGCUCCGGCCGCUCGAGGUUCCUUUCCGCUACCUGUUCGGACCAGGACCGUCCAACGUGCCUCCCCGCGUUUUAGCCGCAGGUGGUAGGGCAAUUAUCGGCCAUCUGCACCCAGAAAUGUUCGAGAUCAUGAACGAUAUCAAGAAGGGGAUCCAGUACGCUUUUCAGACACAGAACAACAUGACGAUAGCAAUGAGCGGCUCCGGACACGCAGCGAUGGAGUGCGCCGUCUUCAACACGGUAGAACCCGGGGAGAGCGUGCUCGUGGCUGUCAAUGGAAUAUGGGGAGAGCGCGUGGCUGAAAUCGCCGAGAGAAUGGGUGCCAAUGUUCACACGAUGGUAAAAGCACCGGGUGGAAUUUUCAGCAAUGAAGAAAUUGAAAAGGCCCUGGCCAAACACAAGCCCGUUCUGUUCUUCCUCACACAUGGAGAGUCCUCUGCUGGCCUCGCCCACCCCGUCGAUGGCAUUGGAGACCUCUGCCGCAAACACAAUACACUGUUUCUUGUGGAUACUGUUGCAUCUCUUGGGGCAACGCCUAUUUUCAUGGACCAGCAGAAUAUUGACAUCCUGUACACUGGCUCUCAAAAGGCCUUGAAUGCACCCCCUGGCACAGCACCCAUCUCCUUCAAUGAAAGAGCAUGCCAAAAGAUGUUCAACAGGAAAACAAAACCAGUGUCCUAUCUCUUUGACAUGACCCACUUGUCUAACUACUGGGGAAAUGAUGGUCAACCAGCCAGACUAUAUCACCACACAGGACCAGUGUCUGGGUUAUUUUCCCUGAGGGAAAGUCUUGCUAUUCUUGCUGAGAAGGGGCUGGAGGAGUCCUGGAGGCAACACAGGGAGGUGUCAGGGUACCUCUGGAAGGGCCUGGAAGACAUGGGGCUCAAGCUAUUCAUCCAGAACAAGGACCUUAGGCUACCCUCCGUCACCACCAUUGCCAUUCCUGAGGGCUACAACUGGAGAGAGAUGCUGCAGUACAUCAUGAAGCACCACAAUAUGGAGAUGACUGGGGGCCUGGGACCCUCCGCUGGCAUGACCGAACUCCUAAAAGAUCUCAGGAGAUUCAACUACUUGAAGCGGGACUGGGAAAGAGAACAAUCACGAUGGCUGAGGAAGGAUGCCAUGAAGAGAGUACUUGACGAGCAGUACCCCAAGAUGAAGGACUUGUCAGGCGGCUGGAUUUGCUACAAAGCCACAGGAGGUAGCGAAGAGCGGAAGCUCUCUGUUGUUCCCAAUGAGCCAGAGGGCUACAUAGUGAGGAUGUUGAAGAGUGCCACAACCAAUGGCAAGCCCAUUCUGUACCUUGUUCCUUUACAAGAGGAGAUUGAUACCUCUUGACUGUCCCAUGAAGUGCCUGCAUUUUAGAAAAUGCGCAUGUCGAUCUGCAAGAGCUGUGGAGUGUCUAUGCCAUUACAGUUACUUGAACUCCACAUCGAAGCCUGUAAUGUCUCAUAUGAUGUAAGUUAUGUAAGACUUGUAAGUUAUGUUUGAAUAAGAAUAUGCAAUAUGGCCACCUUGA